CCGCUCCCGUGUCACUGCCUCCGGCCACUGGACGGAGUCUUUAUUUUAGACGCCGCGACCCUGGCACCUGCUGCCGCGGCACGGAUCCUCGCCCGUCGUUGGGCAGGCUUCGGCCCCGGCGGUUUGGAACGUCUCUCUUGGCGACGGGGGUGGGGCGGGGGGAGCGGUGUCCAGGGACAGUGCCCUUUCCCGAGAGGCGGCUGCGGACGCGUCGCCUGCGGGACCAGAGCCGAGGAGCCCCUGCUUUGUCCUCGGGAGGCCCUCUUGCCGCGAAGCGGCAUCUUCCUUCGGUAACGUCCAGAAAGAGUAGCGUAGGCUGCUCUUUAUCCUGCAGAUCAAAGUAAAACUUGUCUUUUUAGAAACGUGUCCUGAAAAUUGGCGCAUCUCCUGUGCUUCUCUCAGGUGUAUUAGGAAACCGGGCCGGUCCCUGGCAAGAUUGUCCUGUUGGCUACAGAAUGUCCAGGCAGCUAGAGGGCAUAAAAGCUGCUUUCCAUAUUUAGACGGCAAUUUUAGAUGUGAUGCAGGAUGUCAACUAUUCUCAAGUGUGCUAAAGUCCAAUUUUGCUGACCGAGCAUCUGCGCAAAUGAUCAGGCAGUCUCUUCAGAGUCGUCUUUUUGAAGUGUAAAAAGUGGAUAGUGGCUCUCGUGUCAAGGGAUGCCACGGUCACGCUCUCGAUCCCCUAGGUGGAAACACAGGUCUUUAUCACCAGUACCUAGAAGUUCUGAACACUACAAGCAAAGACAUGAGCAUUAUGGCUAUGAAUAUAGGAAGGAUCCAAAAAGACCCAUUGCUUGGAGAAUGGACAAUGAGAAACAUGGACAGAGUAAACCAAGAAUUCCUUCUCGUGAAAAUACACAUUACCGAUCUUAUGAACAUAGAUCACCUUCCCCAAACCUAAGAAGAAACUCUUUAGAAAAUUUUUAUACUUAUAAGCCUCCCCAAGUAUAUUUACCAGGAAGAGGAGAUAGUAACAGAAGAUCUCAGUAUAUGCCCAAAUACUCAGAAGGUGUAGUCUACAAAGAGCACCAGAGAAAUUGUUAUCCCCAGAAAGUGCAAGGAAGGUAUAUUCCUGAUGAUCACAGAGUUAGAGGCAGUGGAAAAGGAGGGAAACCACCUCUGAGGUCAAUAGCAGAUUCUUUUAGAUUCGAAGGACAGUGGCAUGAAGAUGAAUUGAGGCACCAGAGGAUACAAGACGAAAAAUAUUCUCAGUCACUUAGAAGAGGCUCUGAAGAUUUUGAGAAAAGGAGCUCUUUUCAGAAGAGGUAUCCUGAGGAUCGUGAUUUCAGAAAAUAUGGACACACAUCAAAAAGACCCGAAGAUGUGGAGAGGUUUGAAAACAGAGAGGCUGCCAGGAGCCUACAGUGGAAGCCCAGGCAUUUUCUUCCUCCUUACCAAGAGAAGAAAGAUCAGCGAAACCUCGGACUUCAGACUCAUCGACACGCUCCGAGGGAACUCCCAGAGAGCAGUUCAGCAGCCAAGGUAUCCUGUGACUAUCGCCACAAACAUCGUAAGAGCUCAGAUGGGGACCAGGACUUUAAUGAUGGCAGAACUCAGAAGUACUCUAAAGAGGAAGAUAGAAAAUUCGGUUCUCAAAAAGGCCCUGUGGCUAGAGAGUCCAGUUGUUCUAAUGCCGGAAGAGGGAGAGUGACUGAAGAUGGGCAAGUCAAAGAACCUUUGAAGCCAUCUAAGAAAGACUGUGCCGCCUGCACCCAUUCAAAUAAAAGCGAUGUUGAUUUGAGACCCUGUAGUGACAAACGCAAGGACAAAAUAAAAAAAGAAGGGGCUGGCAGAAAAGAGAGCAACUCUUCCCAUAACCAACUUGAUAAGGGUAAAAAACUUUCCGACAUGAAGGCUUCCUCUGCCAUUCUUAGGAAGAAAUCACUUACAGUUAAAGUAGAUGUGAAGAAAGCAGUGAACACUUCCAGGGUUGCUUCUAGCUAUUCCACAGAGAGACAGAUGUCACAUGAUUUGGUUGCUGUUGGCAGGAAAAGUGAAAACUUUCAUCCAGUGUUUGAACAUCUUGACUCAACUCAGAAUACUGAAAACAAACCUACAGGAGAAUUUGCUCAGGAAAUCAUAACUAUAAUCCAUCAAGUUAAAGCAAAUUAUUUUCCAUCACCCAAAAUUACUCUACAUGAGCGUUUCUCACAAAUGCAAGAUACACAAGCUGCAGAUGUAAAUGAAAUUAAAUUGAACUCAGAUCCAGAAAUUCACAGGAGAAUAGAUAUGUCUUUGGCUGAGCUUCAGAGUAAACAAACUAUGGUAUAUGAUUCAGAACAGACUCUGGUCAAAAUAAUAGAUCCAAAUGACCUACGACAUGACAUUGAAAGAAGGAGAAAAGAACGGUUACAGAAUGAAGAUGAGCACAUUUUUCACAUAGCUAGUGCUGCAGAGAGGAGUGAUCAGCAUUCCAAUUUUUCAAGGUUGAAGAAUACUCAUAUUGAUGGGUUCCAAAAACCUACAUGUUUUGUAAAAUCAAAUUUUAGAAAAUUUAUUCAGAAACCCUACUUGAAUUAUCAUACUAUACAGAGAAAAGAUGUCGUUACUCACAAACCAUUUGGAGUUGAGGGAAACCAUCAAAACACAAGAGGCUUUAGAAGACCUUUUAAGACCAACUUUAGAGGUGGCAGAUUUCAGCCUCAAUAUAAAUCAGGCCUAGUACAGAAGAGCUUGUACAUUCAGGCUAAAUAUCAGCGUUUACGGUUCGCUGGUCCAAGGGGAUUUAUCACUAAUAAAUUCAGAGAAAGAUUACUGAGGAAAAAAAAGGAAUAUACAAACAUUGCCCCAGCAAUCUAAUCUGGAAUUGUUACAAAUGGAAACGACACUAAAGGACGAUAUUUGGGAGCAUCUCUUUUUGUCAAGAGUUAGAAUUGGCACUAAAGUACUAAUACAGUAACUUUCUUGAUAAAAUAACUUUAUUUUUCCGUAGUGGAAUGCUGCAACUUUUUUACACUUAACAGUUGCUUUUAAAUUACAGUAUUUGAUGUAAAAGUUGUAUUAACUACAGCUUCUUUUGCAAAAAAGUCUCAAAAGGGCAUUAUUUGUUGAUGCAUUUUUCUCUGAGCAUGGUUUCAUAGAGAACUGAGUUAUAUCCAGACGUUUCUAUGUUGAAAGGUUUGCUUAUGUAAUAAAAACAAAAACAAAAGUACCUGAAUUGUAUAGUGUCUGUACAUCAAAGAACUUUUAAACAGUGGCCUUACAGUAGCAGUUUUUCUACAAGAUUUUUCUUUUUCUGAUGACAUUUUGGCUUACAACUUCAAGUUUUCUUAAGCUUCUGAAGAUCAAGGUCUAUAUAAUUCAUACAUUUCAUAUUAUGACAUAAGAAGGCAAGAGAAAAGGUGCUUCAAAUUUUCCAUCAGGUAGUAAUGCGUGCACUGAAUUUUUAGUAAUUGGUUCAUUCAGUUUUUUUUCACAGUAAUUUGCUCCUUUCCAAUUUCAAAAUGCUAUUGUGGAAAAUACAUAAAGAUUUUAUAAUCUAUAUUCCAUCUUUUUUUCCCUCAGGGCAAGCUUGUGCAUAUCAUAUUUUUAAAGGCUUUUAAAAAAAUUGACAGACAAAAUCUCAUCUUUGGAAAUUGUACUUUGCUACUACAGCACUACACAUUUUGCAAGCACAUAUUAUUAAGUGUUUAUUUUCAGUUCAGUUGUAUUGAGUACCUACUAUGUAUAAGAACAUUGAUGGGAUUUUAAGUGAUAUUUUAGGUCUCAGUACCUAUUUCUUUAUGUUUUCUGUGUUCUGCUUAAUAGUAUGCAUACAUUUCCAAUUAAAUUUUUGUGAUAUGUUUAAUUGUAAUGAAAUAAAAUAUUGUUGCUCCUUCUGCUUGA